UUUAUCAGAAACUGAUGAGAUGAGCACACAACCAGAAAAUGCUUCUGUGACGUAGAUAGGAAUCACGUGAUCCAAUCCUCCAUAUUCUCUAUUUAUUCCACAAAUGGUUAUCUAAACAAGGAAUCGUGUUUAUCAUAUGUUAAAACGGACUAAAUUUUCAUUUCUUUUAUUUGAUCUUUGAAUACACAAAUAAGACAGAAACAUAUAAGUGUUUGGAAUAAAAAAAAAAAAAAUAUAUAACGGUUAAGGGACGACUUGAAAUGGUAAAUCUUGGAAAAUGGACAUCACUUAUUGUAUCAAUUGUUAUCAACAUAUAUCUAUCAUGUGGAACUGAAGUACUUACAAACCACUGGCUUGUGGAGUUAGAAGGAGAGGGUGGUAUCGAUGCCGCUAAAGCAGUGGCCAAAAGAACAGGAUUCAAUUAUGUAUCUCCGUUGCUGGGUUCUCAAAGAGAGUUCCACUUUACACACGCAGCCGUACCACAUAUACGAAGCCGCAGAAGUAUAAUUCACACACGUAAACUUAAAGCACAUCCCAUGGUAAAAAGAGCUAUACAGCAAACUGGAUUUAGACGAGCAAAACGAGGAUUUAAGCCUAAGAUACGAGGAGUUCCUGUAUCCGAAAUACGUUUAAAGGACCCCGAGUCAGCCAAAUUAUUGGACUAUUCAAAAUCUUAUAGCUAUGCAGAACCUCAGGAUCCUUUAUUUCAAAAAGAAUGGUAUUUGAAAAAUGUUGGUCAGUCUGGAGGAAAACCAGGGCUAGAUUUAAAUGUAGAAAUAGCAUGGGCAAUGGGGUAUACAGGCAAAGAUGUUACAACAGCUAUAAUGGACGAUGGUAUAGAUUAUUUACAUGAAGAUUUGAAGAAUAACUAUAAUGCAAAAGCAAGUUAUGAUUUUAGCAGUAACGACCCUUACCCAUAUCCACGUUAUACAGACACAUGGUUUAAUAGCCAUGGUACACGUUGCGCAGGUGAAGUAGCAGCUGCACGUGAUAACAAUGUCUGCGGUGUUGGUGUUGCUUAUAAUUCCAAAGUUGCUGGUCUGCGAAUGCUAGAUCAGCCUUUCAUGACAGAUCUUAUUGAAGCUAAUGCUAUGAGUCACAUGCCAAAUGACAUAGAUAUAUACAGCGCCAGUUGGGGACCAACAGAUGAUGGCAAGACUGUGGAUGGGCCAAGAAACAUGACGAUGAGAGCUAUUGUCAAAGGCGUAAACGAGGGGCGACAUGGCAAAGGUAAUAUAUAUGUCUGGGCUUCUGGUGAUGGAGGAGCAGAUGAUGAUUGUAAUUGUGACGGUUAUGCUGCCAGUAUGUGGACUGUUUCUAUUAACUCUGCAACUAAUGAUGGUCAAACGGCCGGAUAUGACGAAUCAUGCUCAUCCACUCUAGCAUCAACCUUCAGCAACGGUAAAAGCACACUGAGAGACGCUGGUGUGGCUACAACAGACCUGUACAACAAUUGUACCACGACGCAUUCCGGAACUUCUGCUGCUGCACCGGAAGCAGCAGGUGUUUAUGCCUUAGCUAUUGAAGCAAACCGGGAAUUAACAUGGAGAGAUGUUCAACAUAUAACUGUGCUCACAUCCAAGAGAAAUCGACUGUUUGACCCGUACUUGAAACAUCAUUGGAAGUUUAAUGGAGCAGGUUUGCAGUUCAACCAUCUUUUCGGUUAUGGUGUUAUGGAUGCAGGUGCAAUGGUAGAUUUAUCAAGAAAAUGGAAGCCACUUCCAGAAAGAUUUCAUUGUACUGCUGGUAGCGUUACAGAGAAAAUGGAAUUUGGUACAAACCAACCUAUACAGAUGCACAUAGAUACAGAUGCUUGUUCUGGUAAAUCUAAUGAAGUCAACUACUUGGAGCAUGUUCAGGCAUUCGUCACUCUCAAGUCUACAUAUAGAGGCAACAUUGUUAUGUUUAUAACUUCUCCAAUGAAUACCACCUCCAUGAUCCUAAGCCAACGUCCAAAUGACGACGACCAUAAGAAUGGUUUCACUAGAUGGCCUUUCAUGACAACACACACUUGGGCUGAAAAUGCACGUGGACGUUGGAAGCUUCAAAUAACUCUGGCUGAGGGUAAGAACAACGCCGUAGACACUGGAUCUUUCUUUGAAUGGACUCUCAUCCUUCAUGGUACAAAGACGGCACCAUACGACAAUCAAGUCAGUGAUGAGGAGAAUCACAAUAAGUUAUUCAAGGUCAAGAGACUUCAUGAAACUCUUAAAGCAUGAAAAUACCGCGAAGAUGAAAUAAAUCGCGAAAUCCGAUAAAAAGAAACACAUAAACUUGUUGUUUCUUAAAAAAUAUAUAUAAAGGGAUUCUGAUGAUAUAUAACACACAAGACCAUAACUUUAUUUUAUGGUAAUAUCCAUUUAAAAUAAUAGUAUAGCCUUGUCUGUGUAUAUAUAUGGUGACAUUUGCAGAAGCCCUAUCUAUCCUUAUAAACUGGAUCGAUGUCAAAAUUAUAAAUUUUGACUAACUUGGACAGUUUUAUAAAACUUGUUCAUAAAUAAUUAAGCACUGGUAGUUUUAAUAUAUGCAAAAUGUUUCAGACACGUCUCUUUGUUCAUUCAAUUGUUAACAAUUUGAUUACAAGUUUAUGAACAGAUGCACUCUAGUUGUUAAAAAUCUAUUAAAUGCCAUUUCAACCUGUAUCAAAAUGUUUGGAAAUGUAUAAAAAUAUUUUUGGAAAUUUUUUAUGGUGAUGCAUCUAUGUCUUUCUCAUAGGUUUGAUUGGCCAUACAAAUAAGGAGUUUUAUCUUGGCAGAACUGAUUACAAUUUUAAGGUGAAGCAGAUAAGUUUGAUAUUUGACUGUCGGUAUAAAAAAAUAUUGAUGGCUAUAUUUAAAUUAGAAUGGACCAAUUUAGAAAUGAUGUUGCAUUGAGGGAACAUUAUCUUUUCGGAUGUUUCUGUUUGAUCGAAGUACUAUUUUCGAGAAGUUAAAACUGUGAAACGGCAGAUGGAUAUCUUAAUUGGGUCAUUCACAACGAGGCAUAUUUUAAAGAUUUUAAGAAAAGAACAUGUAAAGCUCAUCAAAAAAUUCUUCCGUUUUAGGACAUAAACCUAUUCUAUUCUCAAAUCUUUUGAACAUUGAUUGUUUAGUUUUUUCUUUUUAUAAUUGUUUUCAAAAGACAACUAAACCAAUUUUUUUUGUGAUAGCAAUGCGUAGUCAUUUAUCCGGACAAUAGAAGGGGAAAUACCAUGGCAUAAACUGCAUUUGCGUGUGUUAUAUAUCCGGUGAUAAAAAAGAAACAGUUGGUUAAACAUAAUUUUGAAAAUUCACUAAAACUUUCAUUUUUCUAUGUUAAUUUUGAUCAAUCAGAAACUCCAACAGAUAAUUCCAGAGAACAAGUAAUUAAUGGUAUCUAUCGUUAAUUCUAUGUUGGCCAAACAUUUAUGGUCACAAUGUUAUGUACGUAUUUCUUGCUUUACAAGGAAGAUUAUCAGAAAAAAUUGAUAUUAAUGUAUAACUAGCAUAUUUAAAUAAAACUAUGUCUCAGUAAGAAUUAUGGUAAUAAUUUUUUUCGAAGUUCUAAUAUUCUUUCUAUGGAGAUUUAAGUAACGAAAGAAUAAUAAGAUUUUGACACAUACGGGCAUUUCUCAUAGAAACGUGGUUUAAUUCAGUUUUUUGGCGCCAAAAAAAAUCUUUUAUGACAUAAUAGCUGAAUUAAUAUAUAUCUAUAUUAAGAUAAAGGUAGACUGCUGGUAAUACAUUAAUUAUCCAGAAAUCGUAUUCAGAAAGAAUGACCCACUUAAUCUGAUAGUCUUCCAUGUAAAUACCAUGAAGAUAUUUUUGGUUACAUUGUGAUAGAUUAUUUUAAUUCUGUGAUGAUAGAACUGUUGCAAAUAAACAAAUAUUGUUUGGAGUUUAAUUUCUUGUUAAUAAAGACAGUAAAACAAUUUA